GUUGUCCAACAUGGCCCUUGUUUUGGAUGCUCAGCUCCAGCAGGCUGGAAUCUUCAAGAAGGUGGCCGAGUCAAUGAAGGACCUGUGCAAGGAGGUGAACUUUGACUGCUCCGAGAAGGGCAUGCAAGUGCAGAGCAUGGACAGCUCACAUGUGGCGCUGAUUUCCGUUGUCAUGCAUGAGUCUGCCUUCGCAGAGUUCAAGUGUGACCGCCCGGUGUCGCUCGGCAUGAACGUGGACUCCCUGAUCAAGAUUAUGAAGAUGACGGGCCCCAGCGACAGCCUGAAAAUCAUGCACAAAGCGGAUUCGGACCUGGUCAGCUUCCAGUGCGAGGGCUCCGACGAUCGCAUCUCGGAGUUUGACAUGAGGCUGAUGCAGAUCGAGAAUGAACAUAUGGAAAUCCCGGAGCAGCAUUACAAAGUGGUUGCCAAGAUGCCAUCCGCCGAGUUCCAAAGAAUCUGCAGGGACCUGAAAGAGUUCGGGGAGACCUUGCAGUUGACCGGGGACAAGAACGGCUUGAAGUUCGCGGUGCAGGGGGACAUUGGCAGCGGCAACGUCCUCCUGAAGCCGCGUGAGAGCGAGAAGCCGGAGGAGAAGGUGUCCCUUCAAAUCCAUGAGCCGGUGACCGCCUCCUUCGCACUCCGCUACCUUUUCAACUUCUCCAAGGCCGCACCCCUCUGCGGUACCGUCACGUUGGGCUUCGCCGCGGAUGCACCGCUCUUGGUGCAGUACGACCUGGAGUCGGAGGAGAAGGGCCAUGUGAAGUUCUACCUUGCCCCAAAGCUGGACGAGUGA